GUUUACUCUCGGUCAUCCGUCGAGACCGAGAUUCAUAAACACAUGACCGGCAGACACUUUUACAAAUAGAAAAAGAAAAAUAGAUGAACUACUUAUGGUGGAAGCGACCACCACAAUUUGACUCGCUUCUUUGUUAUUUUUCCUUCGCAGAAAGAACCAUUCCUUUGUUCUCCGAAUCGGGCAUAUUUUUGUAGCCCUUCUGCCGACGACGCCACAUCAGCACUGCUGCUCUGGCAGCGGUGCUCUAUGGUAAUGGCUGAUGCCAGUGAUGAUGAUGUCUCGCUUACAUCGACUGUUCCUAGCCCACCAAAGGAGAAUUACUUUGUUGAUACCAUUCAUGCGGAACGUGAGACUUCCCGAGGGGUUGAAUACCUCGUAGGAUGGGAAGACUAUCCUAUCGAAAGGUGUACUUGGGAGACUGCCGCCCAGUUCGAUAAUGAGCAGACUAUCCUUGACUGGAAGGCAAAGAAGCGAGAAAUUGAGGCAGGGAGACUGCCGGCCUUCGAUCUUGCCGUUUUCGAUAGACGCCUUCACCAAGUUGAGGAAGCUUAUCAGAAAAGGAAAAAGAAGCGACAAGAGAAGAGAAAUAAGCUUACAGAAAAGAAGCUGGAGGAAUCAGACACUGAUUUCAGCAUCGGACCAAAAGGCUUUGGCGACGCAGAAGUUGAGCCAAUGACAAGCUGUCGCGCUCGAGUCUCAGACGUAUACCCAAACAGUGCGACGGACAGCUCCCAAGCUGCGCCUCCUCCUCCCCGGCUAAGUCGCUGGGGGCCUGCAAGACCACCUUUAGUUGGAUUUGGAACUGGGCCGGGUGGCCUAAUUCGCUCUCGCCCUCGGAAAUCAUUCCUUGCUGAUUCUUCUGCUCCUCCGAAGAUGUUCAAGAAUCUCUCAAUAAAGAAUAGAUGUGAGAAGGCCAGGGCUUAUGAGCCUGCACCAGACAUCAGCCAACUCGAACUCAUUCGGCCCUCAGAGUGGCCCUCCACUUCAGCUGCCCAUUCAGCCAAGCCGGCAUCCCAGAACCUCACUUCCCUCAAUGCGCAGAAGACAGGUGGGAGCCCAAAAAGGAGAAGUGGUGAUGCUUCUGCUAUAGACACGUUUAGCUCUCAGCCUCAGAACUCUUUCGUUGAUGAUUCGCACUCACCAAAACGUACUCCAUCAGACACCAACAGGUCACAUCGUGUACCUGACUUUCCAGAGGGUUCCGUUCUUCCACGACGAGAGCCCGGUUCCAGGGCUAUUUUUAUCAAGGGGCCAUAUUUUGUCAACCCUGGAGAAUUGUUAAUUACCAUGUAUUAUGGGCCUGAUAGAAAAGAAAUUGGUGAAGCUAGGCUGUGCGGUCUGGAUAAUAUCAGAAGAAACAGAUUCAUGAGGACUAAAAAGGGUAACCGGCUCGAAAUUUGGUUUCAACAUCUUUGUAACCUCGCAGACUACAAUACCCUCUGUAAACAGACAUACAAUGAAAAAUAUUUGAACAGCUGGAUUGAAGGGUUCGACGAUUCUGAGCCCAAUAUUUAUAAAUUCGGAGAGGAGCUCCGACGAAGAAACCUUGUGGCUAUACAUACCCCUGCUGUUAAGUCUCACGAUGUAUUACUUGUUUACCCCCCCAAUUCGGAGGACUUUUGGUUCCUAAGUGGAUGCUUCAAAGGCCCUCCUAGGGUAUUUCUUCACACUGCGGUGAGAAGUCCUUUUGGGCCCCUGCAGCAAUCCGUGCUUGGUAAUAGCAAGGGACAGCAUGGUCACCUGACAGGAGCAAAUACCGUGACAUAUCAUCCUUCACCGAGUAACACUGUUCUUGCGAACAAACAAGCUUCUGAAACGUUGUGUGAGCGAAUCUACCAAAACCAAGACAACAGGUUCCCAGUUGUUGAAUCCCCGAAAACAUUCACAGCUCCGGAAUUGGAUUCAGAAAUGAACACUGCUCCGCCACAAACAAAUGUUUCAAAUUUGAGGGAUUCAAUAUCGACUGCGCAGAGGAUUUUGCCUGGCAUUGAUUCCAUGGAUAUUGACCAGCCUCCCAUGACCGCUGCUAGUAGCAACAAUAUGCAGCCACCACCAACUAUGCAAGCUUUCAAUCUAGACUCCUAUUUUGAGGAGAAAUUUGGGAUGACGUUCCACACCCUGGUAUCAGCGCCAAAGCAAGGGGGCUUAUCAGGGUCAGGAUCCUUCUGCGUAUUGUUCCCACAGGAGCCAGGGGCCAGCGAAGAAGAAUGCCAGCUCGUUGUUGAAUUUCUCAAAGCACAGAGUAGCGACAGGUACAGGGCCAUCAUCUAUUCUAAUCGCACCCCUGAAGACUGGGAAAAGUUCACUCAAGCCAAGACUGGAGUCAUUUUGAUUCAUGAGAACUUCCUGGACUAUUACAAAUUACGGAGCCUAAACAAGUUAUAUAUGCAGCCAGCAUUCAGCUUCUGGAGCUUCUCUUUAAGCAGAGAAUCUGGCGACAACCAACCGCAUUUCCGGCGCAUGUUUCCAAUCGGUGGGGUUGCUCUGAUUACUGAAGAGUACAUGUCGCAUGAUCCGCGAGGUACUGUUCUUAUACUAUCUUGGUUCCUGGACUUCGCGAAAAGCAAGAGACCAGGGACCUGGAAACUGAUGUUUCGCCCGGAUAUUUUAAAUUGGCUACAGAAGCAAAUUGAUACCGCAGAGAAUUCGAGAUAUCUGUGGCUCGCGAUGUACCAAUUUAUGAUGCAAAUAAUCGCCCUUGCAGGUGCGAAAUCCAGGGAGAUCCUCACUGGCGCUGAAUCCGGCUAUACACAAAACCCUGUCAUCUCACCCUCGAAACUUCCAUUGUACGGAUCUCGUACAGAGCAAGAUAACCCAGAGGUUCCCAGGGGUCUGACACAAGUACAGCGAAAUGCUGACCAUCUUAUUGAAUUUUUCGCUGGCUGGGCCCUGGUCAACUGCCACCAGUACCGAAAGUUCUACGUUUUCACAUCCGUUGGUCCAUAUCAGCGGUGGGAUGAGUGGCAGCAUCUAGACAUCCGAGUGGACACCACAGCAAUCAUGAAAUGCCUGUCGAUCGAUCCUAAGUCUUCCUGGGGAAAAUUGAAGGAAUCCCUGUCGGAGACGAGAUCUCAAACCCCCUUCACACCCCAAACUCCUAAGGCUAGCUCUUCUAGCGAGUCAGCUGCUUCGUGGGUUACGCAUUCUUGUAGCCCUCCACCCAAACACCGUUAUCCACAGCCAUAUCAGUGAUUGACGAUUCGUCGGCUAUUUGAGAGAGUGUAUGCUCGAUACUGAGCUUUGAUAGCGUUCGUUCUGUACAUUUGCGAUAUUUACAUGCCCUAUGAUACCAUUGUAAUAUACCAAACAAUUUCACGCUUCAUGACUAUAAUGUACUGGGGAUGGAGAAAACAACGCAAUGACUGAUGAAUAAUGC